AUGAAUAAGAAAGAACAACAGACUGACCUAAUAGAAAAUUGCAAUGGGCCGGAGGACAAACUCCAUCCGAACGGUGCAGACGAGGUGGUGAUCGAGUACGAAGAGGUUCGUGGACUUCUAUACAACGUGUCAGACAGAGUUCCCGUCCUGCUUGCUAUUUUCUUUGCCUUUCAGCAAACAUUAAUUGCUGUUUCUGUCUCACUGGCCGUGUCGUCAUUUGUGGCGGAUAUUGCUUGUGCGUCCGACUUCCCGGACAUCAAGAGAGAUCUUCUCAGUUCUACGUUGUUAAUGAAUGGCGUAACAACGCUAAUGAUGGUCACGAUUGGUACAAGGCUUCCAUUAUUUCAAGGAGCGGCAGCCGACUAUGUCGUUCCGUUGGUGGCGAUGCAUAUGAUAAAUCCGGAUGCUUGUAAAUUACCAGAUGAGUUGGGUACAAAUCCGUUUUUCAAUGUAAGUAUGCCAAUGGAAGACACUGGGUUCAGUUCCGAGGGAAAUGCAACAAACCUGCAUAUCAUUGAGAUUAAAAGGGAACGUGCUCUUACAAAACUGCGUGAGUUUCAGGGCUGUUUGAUCCUGGUAGGAAUAAUUCACUGCCUCGUCGGACUAACAGGUGCGGCUGGCAUCGUCCUUAAGUUUAUUGGGCCUGUAACAUUGGUCCCUGCCAUGUUGUUGGGUGGCAUCUUCAUUUCAAGGGCAACAACAAAGUUUGCCAGAUCCCAUUGGGGUAUAUCUGCUGUCACAGCAGCCACCGCUCUGGUACUCUCUCUUUACCUCAGCAACCGGAAGAUGCCGUUUCCGGCUUGGUCCAGGAAAAGGGGAUUUCAUAUCUUCUGGUAUCCCUUCCAUCAAGUCUUUUCGAUUCUGAUUGGUUUACUUGUUGGCUGGGGACUGUCGGCUGUUCUGACGAUAACAGGCGUGUUGACAAACGAUCCAUCCAAAGCUGAAUACAUGGCCAGGACGGAUGCGCAAGCGGACAUUAUCGCAAAGGCCAGCUGGUUUAAAGUCCCCUAUCCAAAUCAAUUUGGAACGCCAUCUUUCGACACGGGAGUAUUUAUUUCUUUUUUCAUCGGAACACUUACCUCUAUUCUCGACUCUAUCGGCGACUACUAUGCAUGCGCUAGGACUUGUAAUGUACCUCCGCCACCACGCUAUGCUGUUAACAGAGGUCUGGCUGUGGAAGGUUUCGGAAGUACCUUGUCAGGGUUAUUAGGAUGUGGCCACGCAACCUCAACGUACGGGGGAAACAUCGGGGCCAUUGGCCUAACAAAGGUAGCAAGUCGGGAUGUUUUACUGUGGACGGCAUUCAUCUACAUAGUUUUCGGCCUGGUUGGUAAAGUAUCUGCAGUCUUCAUAACCAUACCGAUUCCGGUCCUAGGUGGCGCCAUGAUCGUCAUGUUUGGAAUGUUUAAUGGUAUCGUCCUAUCCAACCUCCAGGUGAUAUCACUUUCAUCUACUCGAAACCUCGCUGUCAUCGGAGCUUCUCUACUUUUAGGUCUGAUGGUCCCUUACUGGUUAGAGGCCUUUCCGGAUGAUCUUCAAACUGGCAGUGCCUACAAUGACAACAUAAUAAAGACACUACUAUCAAACCCUAUUCUGAUAGGAGGAGCCUUUGCAGCCUUUUUCGACAAUACAGUUCCAGGUACGGCAAAAGAACGGGGAAUCACGGCGUGGCAGGAGCCGGAGAAAAGCGACCAGUCUCAGAUAUACAGUGAAGGUCUUGAAGUGUACGUACCCCUUUUACCCGCCAGCUGGCUCUCGUGGAAGGUGAUGAAGUACCUACCCUUCUGUCAAUAUAAGGCUCAGGAGGAGGAUAACAUCUCAAGAGGAUGA